AGCAGCUGAAACCACAGGAGAGAGUGCCAUGCUAUUUCUGUUUGUUUGUGCUGCCCCCAAAGCACCUGAGCUCUUCCUAUUUCCCUCUUUGCUGCCUCUCUUUUCUCAGUUAUCUGUACUUCUGAGCCUCAGCUGAGGCAUGCAACCAGAGCCACCAGUGAAGAGCUCAGGGCACCCAGUGACUCACGCACCCUCCUGAUAGGCGUCUGAUAUGAAGAGAUCUCCAGUCAUGUAUAAAAAUGAAGCAUUCCUUCACGUCAUCUUCAUGGCCUCAGCUCUGGGUAUCUUGUCCGUACAAGGGAAUUCUCCUUGUUUCAGACCUUUGGUUCAAAGAGGCACCAAUUUUACCACGUCACCAGGGAAAUUGCUAAUACUUAAGUGUCCAGUGAACCAAUGUGGUGAGAAUCUGAAUGUGUCUUGGAUCAAGGAAAACGGAACACAAAGCUCCCAAAUUCGGGAUGGACUUAGGGAGUCUAGACCAUGGGAUAAAGAGAAAAACUUAACCAUAUUCAGUCUGCAUUUUGACCCUGUGCUUGAUGAUGAUGGUGGCUCCUAUCAGUGUAUUGUUAACUUUCCAAAAAAGUCUCUGUUUUCCAGCCAUCACAUAAAUGUCUGUGUAACAAGUGAGUAUCAGCUGCAAAGCCCAGACAUCUAUGUAACAAAUUCAACUGAAGCCCCACUGGAACAGAGACCUGAGAAUGUAACUAGACCAUGGCUCCUUUACAUGCUUCCUUCAAUGGGGCUGCUGUGUAUAUUUAUCCUUACUUGUCUCAGUUUGUUCUUCUGGCAGAGAAAGAAGCGAGCCAAACAAAAGAAGCAUCCUGAUACCUUAGGAAGGGGAACUAACCAGGAGAGGCUGCCUAACUUCUUAUUAACCAACUGUCCACUGGGCAACCCAUCCAUGAGAUGUCAUCCUUUGACCUUAAACACUCCAAUGAAAUUGAUGUUCAUCCUUUGCUGGGUCUCAAGAGUCCACGUGGCAAAUAUGGAACACCUCUGGAGAUUCACUGGAAGUUUCAUAGUCUCUGAGUAACCAAACUUCUUCACCUGCAAUGGUUAUCUAGACCACAGCCAGUCUUCGCACUUGGAUGGAAAAAAAGAGAACCUUGACAUAAUUUUACCUUUGCUAUAUAUCACCCAAGAGAUGUGACUGAUGAAGUUAUGUUUUUUGGAGAUUUUCAUCAAGAAAUCAAGGGAAGAAAAUGAACAUUUGUUUUCAGGUUCAGUUCACUACACCCUACUUAAACAGGAGGAAUGUACCCUCCAACUACUAACUUAGAAACAUGAUAAUGAUGGUACUUUUCAUUCCAGUAAACCUGUAAUGAGAGGUCAUUUGGUGGCAUCCUCUCAAAUCUUUCCAAAUAUGGUUUAUGGGCAAGAGAUGAAACAAUUUCAGAUGUCUCCAUGGUCUAGACAGAGGUUAAACUAUGGCCCAUUGCCAAAUACAGCCAACUGCUUGGUUUUUUGUACAGCUUCAGAGCUAAGAAUAGUGUUUUGGUUUUUUUACAUUAAAAAAAAACGUGUAUUUAAAAAUGCAAAAACUAUUCUUAGCUUGUGGGCCCAUACAAAAACAAUCUGUGAACAGAUUUUGUCAUGGGUGGUCUAGGACGCCAAGAACCCUAAGGAGGUAAAAACUGAAUGAACUAAUAGCAGAGAAGGUUAAUCCCUAACCCCUUGACAGCUUAUUCUGUACUCCCUCCUCAACUUCCACCUCUCCCCAAACUUUGCUGUCAGGGCUGCAUAAGCCCCCUACCAGGUUUGCCACAAAAUUCAACUCUACCCAUCCCUCCUUCCAAAGCUGAGGAAAACCAAAAGACAGAAGCUUGUCCUGGCUGGGUCAGCAAUGCUAUGUGCUGCAAUAAUAUUCACAUAGAGAACUGAGGGACAGAGGGAAGGAAAGCAGGAACAUUUGUUCAACCAGGCCUGCCUGAAGCAAAGCCCCAGCAUCCAGCUGAGGCCCGGUCUGUUUCCCCUGAAUUCCCUUGGGGUAAACACUUAGUUCAGUGAACAUGAAUUGCUCCCUGUGGGAGAAGACUGCCAUGUCUUUGAGAUCCAGACCCCAGGGGAAACUGCAAUCAAAGAAGGAAUCAGAAAGUGAGCAAUAAGGGAAUAUAAGGGGGAAAAGAUUGGAAUUACCAAAGAUCUCAGGAGGAGGAAAAUUCAGUUAAAGAUCUGGAGCCUAAGUAGAUAAAUGAACAGGAAAGAUGUUGUUAACAGAAGGGAAUAUGACUCCAGAUCAGCUAAAUGAUUUCAGACAUUUAUGAAUAAAGAAAAUAAACUAGUACUUAAUGAGGUUCAAAGGACCCCAUCUUUCCAAGUAGGUUUAAUGAGCAUAUUUAAAUGGUUAGAAGGACAAACAAGGCUACAUGCUGUAGAAUCAUAGACUUGGAAUUCCCUUGGGGACCCUAAGGGGUAUUUUAGUCCUAAAGUUCUAAAAUGCCAGGACAAUGAACACCAAUAGUGUAGCAGUCUCUUAGCAAAGGGGCACGGGAGAUGGUCUCUGUAAAGAAGGCUUUGUGAAAUUGGGCACAAUAAAUUCCGAAUGAAUAGUUUCAGUUUCCUCAUCUGUAAAAUGAGGGGAUUGGAUUCAGUGGCCUCCUAGGUCCCUUUGAGCUCUGAAUCUACAGCCCUAUAAUAGCCAUCGCCAGGAAUCUUUCACUACAGCAUCAAUAUUUGGGACAGGGGAGAUGAGGGCCCAGAAGGCAGUUGGGGGGAUGGAAGCAAGGUGAGGCAGAAGAGGGGAGCAAUUGCAAGGAGUGAAGGAGUAAGGUCAAAGGGUCUAGAGUAAAGUUUAGCACAGGCUACCAUAGGGCAGAGACACAUGAAUUGUAGGGUCAAUGGUUUUUGGAUUAACCAAUGGAAGAACUCCUCCACUAAGAAACUCUGCUUCCUCCUUCUCUUCCUUGACAUUAGCACCUUGGGUUAAAGCCCAAGAUGCUUCAUUCUAUUAUGGCUGCUUUAUAAUAAUAAAAUAACAACAACAACAACAA